AUGUCAAAAAACGCGUUUUCUUCCGUGGCUGAUUCAGUCACUUCUUUUUUCCAGUCUUUGACAACAGCCAACAGACAUGCUGAUCCUGCAUUUAACCCCAGUCGACGUGACAAAAAUUCAAGACUUCCUACUCCCUUACAGUCCAUUGCUACUUCUGGGUAUUCUGGCGUUAAUGCUAGUCAAACUGGACUCUUGAGCGACAGCAGGAGUACUUCUACUCAAAACCUCUCGAAUACGAAUUCCCAAGCUCCCACAAAAGUUCCUUACGUUCCGGGAAGUCGUUCCAAUGAACUUGCCAACAAUGCAAUGGAAAUCCAAAUGCAAGAAAUAAACCCUAACGGAACUGCUAACUUGCCUGCUCCCGUUUCUGAGUCUUGGAGACGCGUUGACCGAUGGGCUGAAGAAAACUAUUAUGAGCUGUACUGCCAAUUAUGUCCAGGCGCUACCGCCGCUGAUGUUGACAGCCUUGAGUAUGAACUGGAGUGCACUUUACCUCGUGACGUUCGAGAAAGUAUGUAUAUCCACGAUGGCCAAGAUCGUGGUGGUCAUCUCACCGGAAUCUUAUUCGGUGUUACAUUAUUGGAUAUUGAGGAAAUUGAAGAGGAAUCUGAGCUUUGGCGUCGUGUUGCUCAGUCUUACGCUGAAGCCACUAUAGCUGGAAAGAUCGACCAAGCCGUCGCUUCCCGUCAAUCUUCUUUUCCACCUGGUGCUGUUCAAUGCGUUUAUGCUCAUCCUGGCUGGAUUCCACUCGCCAAGGAUUUUGUCGGUAAUAACAUUGCUGUAGACCUUGCUCCAGGUCCCGCUGGGCAUUGGGGACAAGUGAUUCUCUUCGGUCGUGACCAAGAUACUAAAUAUGUCAUUGCCCGUUCUUGGGCCGACUUCUUAGCCAUUGUGGCUUACGAUAUGGAGAACGGAAAAUGGGUGGUAGAUGAGGAAGAUAACUCCUUGCGUCUUAUCUACGGUCCUCCCCGUGAACAAUGGUCCUAUCUCGAUAUUCUAAAGUAUAGAGCCCGUAAGGCCGAAAAGAGAAAACAUAAGAAACAAGAGUCCAAGAAUACCUCUGUUACUCCAAAGGACCAAGGAAGUUCUAAUGACCAAGACUUGAGCUCUUCAACUGCCGUUUUGGAAAGUGGUUUGGAAGACGUUCCACUUUAUGGUUAUUCGAAAGAUGAUGACCAUUUGGUGAAGAAAGAAGCCGAGGAGGAAGAUCUUGGCUUAAUGGAUGCGCCUCAGAAUAGCAAACCAUCAAAUUUGGCUUCUGAGGAUAAGGAAAAGACCAAAGCACAAGUCUUCGAAGAUGCCAAAGAAGAAUCUUCACCCAAAAUUGUCGAAAACGAAAAAAAUGAAUCUCCUUCGGAAGCAAAGCAAAAUGGUUCCGACGAAUCUCAGAAGGAAACCGCUUUAAAUGGGGAGGAACAAGAAGCCUUUAAUGAACAUAAAAAAGAUUAA